AUGACUGAAAAUUCUCUGCGUCAACGUAAACGAAUUUUACGACGAAUACACAAUAACCAUAGAAACAAAGGUCAACCAGCAGUCACCGAUCCGUGUGAAACGACGAGCGAGAGACACAGCGCAACUUGCUCUACUCAUAGUCGACGAAAAACUGAAGCUCUCAUUUGUAGUAUAUGUGACGGUCAUGCACAUGGCUAUAACUUCGAUGCAAUCACAUGUGAAUCAUGUAAAGCAUUCUUUCGACGAAAUGCUUUGAAAGCGGAUGGAAUACCUAAAUGCCGACUUAGUAAUGGUAAAUGCGCUAUAACAGUAUCGACGAGAAAACGCUGCAAAGCUUGUCGACUGGCCAAAUGUUUUGAAAAAGGUAUGAGAGCGGAUUGGAUAUUGACAGACGAAGAGCGCAUGAGUAAACGGCAGAAAAUCGAAGAAAAUCGUCGUUUACGACAAAUGUUGUAUCCUGAUUCUCCCGAGUCAGUUGAGAAGUCGCUGCUUCAAACUAAAAUGGAGCCAUUCGAUUAUGAUGAUGCUGAUGUAGAAGAAGAGGAAAACGAUUUGAAUAAUGAUCAUAUAACAAAAGCACUUCUUCUGUCAUCCAAAGAUUGGGCUAAAAUUCAACAAAUUCAACAGGCAUACGCCGAUUCAAUACGUUUAACAUCAUUGUCACCCGAAUUCCCGUUGUAUCCACAAAUACUACCGCUUAAUGAAGUGUCAGAUGUCUUCAAUUUUCUGACAAAUCUACUCGCAACCCGACUUAUAACAUUCCUUAAGCUUUUACCCGAAUUUUCAAUGUUAAAUUCGCAUGAUAAAUUCAUUCUGACGAAAUACAAUACAUUCACAUUGACAUUCAUUCGGGCCGCAUUGAACUACAACUCCACCAGAGAUAUUUAUCAUGAACCUCAUACAGAUGAAUGUAUAUUCAACGGCCGUGAUAUCAUCCAAUGUUUCAAUCAGCACCAGUACAAUUUAUCUAGGACUUGUUUGGAAAAUUUCUUAAAAACAUCGUUCAAUGAUCGACUUAUUUUGCAGUUAUUGUUAUUAGUCUUGAUUUUUUCGAAGGGUUCAUCGAUUUGUGCACAGUCUGAUGAGGUAGAACCAAUAGCCGAUGAUAUUCUAACAAUAUAUCACACACAGAACAUUUUCGUCGAUCUUCUGUGGAAGUACUGUGAGCAAAACUUCGGUGAAAGAUUAACAGUUAAGAUUUUGUUCAAUUUAACUGUGCAUUUUAUGGAUGCUAACGUCCAAGCGUUCAAUUCUCGUCAUGGGAACUUCAAAACAACUCGAAUUGCCGACCAAUUAUCACCGUUGAUAAAGUCCGUUUUGUUAAUCGGUGAAAAAUAG